GUUAUGACGUUGCCAAAAUUUUUAAAGGAAAGUUCGACUAGUAACAUAAGCCCAGCAUGGUAUAAUGUUCAUCGAAGGUUCAUGUAUCGAUACGAUCUAUUGGGCGGUCAUGAUGUCGAUCAAAACUGGAUCAAGGAUGUUCGCGUCAAAGUGGACGGAAAAAUUCGGGGUAAAAUUGUACCACGCUUUCAACUUCACAAUUGGAAUCAAUUUGAUUAUCAAUACCUUAUUCAAGACCCUAAAGAAGCGAGUUCUCUCACUGACACAUUGGCAACCGAGUGCAGAAAUCGGGGAUUUGAUGGAAUGGUUCUCGAGGUGGGAUAUACGGCAUUGCUUCGAGAAUUUAUAAAGAAUUUAGGAAAUAAAUUGCAUGAGCAGUCACAAGAACUUAUUUUGGUAUUGGCACCAAAGAGUUCGCUGACGGCAGCGCAGUAUGAGGAUUUCAGUCAAUUUGUGGACCUAUUCUCACUAAUGACCUACGAUUAUUCACAACCAAGCGCACCUGGCCCGAACGCACCCAUAGAAUGGGUGGAAGAUAAUAUAGUAGCAUUGACUCCGACGUCGAUCAACCGUAACAAAUUAUUGUUGGGCUUAAAUAUGUAUGGGACUGAUUUUUUUAAUGGACAGAUGGAGCAUGUGAUUGGGAACGCCGUUAUUCAGAAGCUAAAACAACAUAAUCCUAUAAUUGAGUGGGAUAAAAAAUUUGAAGAACAUCAUUUUCGAUAUCAAGAGAAUGGAAUAUCUCACGACGUUUGGUAUCCUUCUUUGAAGUCAAUAAAAUCAAGACUUGAUUUGGCCGAAGAUUAUGGCACAGG